GCCCGCCCCCCCCCCCAAGGGGGCGCGGCUCGGCGGGGGCCCGCUCCCCGGGCGGGGCGUCGCCGCGGCGCGCGUCCUCUCGCGGCGGGGGGCGCCGCCGGAGGCGCGCGCCGCGAGGGCGGGCAUGCCGAUCUCGCGGGCCUACACGCCGUUCGUCCUGAAUGCCUCCAGCGGGGCCGAGGAGGACGAGGCGGAGGAGACGUGCUUCCGGCGGCACUCCCGCGCUCUGAAGUGUGCCGGCUGUUGCUGCGUGGCUCUGGCCUGUGCGCCUUUUGUUAUCAUUGCGAUAUGGUUGGUGGCUGGCCUGAUAGCGGGCUCCCCAGGCGACCCACAAUACAAGCACCCGUUCGAGGGAAUGGCGCCCUUGAGGUCCAUCAGUCUUGCCGAGCUCGACGCAGAGGUGCCGUUAAUUGUGGGCGCUUCGCCGUUGCCCGAGCAGUUGCGCGGCAUCUUCUGGCUCACAGACCAGGGUAAAUCAUCUGCCCUCAUCUCUUUUGGCGGGCCAAAUGCUGAUAGGGUCACCGACGGCGGAAAGAACUGCAGCAGUGGUAGACUCGACAGCGACAAGAAGCUGUGCAUCCGGGUUUCUGGUGACCGUGUUUGGUCGCUCCGCUCAAGGCUCCUCGCUUUUGUGUACGCAGUGAAUGACAUACGGUACAUUUUCACUUUUGAUUCCAGCGUGAACCCCACAUACGCCACAAUUCAGAAUUUCUGCGACUUUGGCGGCUGGCUUCCUGGUUACAACCUGUUCUUUUUUUCAAAGUUGUUUGAUAUGACGCUUUUACACAGCCAUCCAGAGUUCACUGAUUCUGUCGUUUGGAGAAGAGGAUCAGUUAUGGCUUGGGGCAAUAGCACUUAUGAGGCUGUGCAGGUCGUUGACGAAAAUGGCAAACGAAUAGAAAAAGCGUGGAGCGCGUUCAUGCAGUAUCAAAUGGACCUUGGCGGUGAUGAAUUUAUCUUCCGGGCCUACGGUGAGUGAGCUGCCAUCUUCGAGACAGGAAGCCGUCCAGCCAGACAGAGCGAGAACGUAGGUUCAUGUAUUUUCCGUGUUCUGAUCGUCUGAGGUGCGUGCAGCCAUUUGGGAAGAAAACACGUUGUGGAGUUUGCCGACGCCCGCUCUUGCUACCCUCUUGCGCACCGACCAGAGGUUUGAGUGCCGCCAGACCACGGCUCCCAUGCGGAGUGAUACAAAAGCUUUAGAAAGUCUACGCGGAUUCAGGCAUGCAUUUGGACUAGAGUUUUUUGUUUAAUUGGGUCACCGGAUCACCAGAUCACCAGACAGUUACCGCGAUCCCGCGCUUCAAGUCGCCCGACGUGUAGAGAUCAUGGCCAACCAGAUCGUUCAAGUUCGGCCCCAUACAUUGCGCAAGCUUCUCGGCUGCGUCCCCAUCUGAGUCCCCCCCUUAACAUGGAGCGCGCUCUUUUUCGACGCUCUUAAAUUCAGAUCCUGCCGGCCUCUG